AUGCAGUCAAAGUUUUGGGCAGAAGGCAGUGAAUCCUCAUCUGAAUCCUAUUCUGACUAUUCCAGUCAGGAUGACACUGACCGCAGGUUACAAGCAACGGUACCUCCUCCCCGCUGGGCCACAAUUGACAGCUCCAGUGAUGAAGGUACUAGGAGAGUUGUGAAGUCAGUUCGUGCCAAGAUACGCGACUCUAUAAACGCAUCCAUUAAGAUUCUGACUCAGCACAGCAGGAUAGGAGAUUAUGUGGAAACACUUGAAGACUAUGAUAAUUUGUUGAAGAUUGUAGAUAAGAUGUGCCAAGACGAGCCAUUUCCAAAAAUUGCCUUGUCUGCCAUUUUGGACCUACAAAAUUUGGUGGAAAAGAUACUAAAGGACAAGGAAUCGGUUAAAAAAUUUUCCCGUGCCAAAUCCACUGCACUCAACACCCUAAAGUCUAGAUUGAGAAAAUUCAAUGACUCUCACCAAGAGGAGAUUGAGAAAUUCAGAGAGAAUCCUGAAAUUACAGAUUCUGAGGCCUCUAGUUCUGAAUCUGAUAGCGAUAGUAACAGCGAAAGUGAUGCCGAAGGGGAAAGGGGGGAACCUUCUGAAAUAUCAUCCGAUUGGUCAUAUUCGGGGAGCGAAAAGAGUGCAGAUGAGGACAAGCAUAAAUCGGCGCUUGCUAAAUGGGGAAUUAAGAAGAAAGAUGAUGCAGCUAGCAGCAAAAAGAAGGACAAGGGUGGGAGGAGGAAAGAGGACAAAGUUGAAGCAAAGGUUCAACACAAGCAAUCAUUUCAAUCAGGAAGUGAUAUAAAUGCUGCCCUUGAAGGUAGUGACUUGAGUGAGUCAGCUCUUAGAUCAUUUCUAAAGAUUAUAGUCGGUAAAAGGGGCAGACGGGGUGUAGAUAAAGUUGAAAACACAAAUUUGCUGCAGAAAUUGGCCGAGUGUGCCAAAAAAAUAUCAUUUCCAUGUUAUCUGGAAGUAUUGUGUCAUGUAAUACAUAGUCAAUUCGAUAGCAGCGCUGAUGCUUUCAGUAGCAUGAAUUGCAAUGUAUGGAUGGAUACCUUUAAGAACGUGGAAAUAGUUAUACAUAUUUUGAACACAGAGAAAGAUGAAGAGUUGAAUAAGGGCGAAAUGUUUGAAGAAAAUGAAACAUUCGUCACGACAAGCGUCGUGGCAUCUGCAAACAAGGAUUCGAAUCCAUGGGUGACUCUUCUAACUUCUUUUGUACAGAAGCUCAAUGAUGAGCUAUGCAAAUCAUUGCUAUAUACCGAUUUACACUCUGACAUGUAUAAAGUUAUGCUCUCUUACAGCAUCAAUAUGUUGUACUUACUAUUCUGUGCCUUAUCCUACACAUUGAGAAAGGGCAGUAUGGUUCAUUCGUCAACUCUAGCGUUGGCCAUACUAGAGCAUAUCCACUAUAAAGCUGAUGGAUUGGAUGUUAAGCUUUGGGAUAUGGUCAGGCAGAAGUUCAAUUCUCCCUUUGAGAUUGCAUUGGAUGUGGAGACUAGGACUGUUCAGGCAGGAAUUCCAGAGAAUUUGAAUGAAUAUUUCCCCCAAGAACCCACUUUGACUGGUGUUGUUGACAGUUUGGUAUCAUUCAUAUUCAAAGAGGGCAGUGGAGUACAAAAGACCAGAGCAUGCCUCUUCUGGUCAUACAACAAGGCACUUCACGGGGACUAUUUUAAGGCAAAGGAAUUGUCUUGUGCUAUUAAUGUGCAAGAUAUGGCACUGCAAGUAGAUGUGGCUACCCAAAUUUAUUUCAACAGAAACCUGGCACAGCUAGGUCUCUGUGCUUUCUCUCAUGGACAUAUAAACGAUGCGCACUCAUAUUUGGUUGACCUUUGUUCCCAAAAUAGACUUAAGGAGCUGUUGGCUCAGGGCCUAUCCGCCAAGAGUGAUAAAACACCAGAGCAGGAACGUACUGAAAAGCGCCGUCUAUUCCCAUACCAUAUGCACUUGAAUUUGGAGGUUAUUGAAUGUGUAAACAACAUCUGUGCCAUGUUGAUUGAGAUACCGAAUAUGACCAGGCCCUUUAUGGGAAACAAGGAGAUAGUAUCUAGGCAAUUUAGGAGGAUGUUGGAGAUAUAUGAGAAACAAAAUUACGUGGGUCCCGCGGAGAAUAGUAAAGAGACGAUUAUUGUCGCUUCUAAGGCGCUGCAACGUGGAGAUUGGAAAGAAUGUUUCGGUUUUAUAGAAUCACUCAACAUUUGGGGUAAGUUUCCCAAUGAAGAACGUGUGAAGGCGCUGCUGCUGUUGCGUAUUAAGAAAGAAGCAUUGAGGACCUUCAUCUUCAGAUACCUAAAUUUGUAUGAUUCAUUCUCAAUUGAACAGCUGAGUUUGAUGUUUGAUCUCCCUCCCAACACAGUUCACUCCGUUGUGAGUAAGAUGAUGAUAACUGGGGGGAUUCAUGCAAGUUGGGAUGACACUAGUCAGUGCAUUUUGGUGAACCAGCAAGAACCAAGACAUUUGCAGAAGAUCGCAAUUAAGCUUUCUGAAAGGAUUUGCUCAGUGGUCGAGCAGAUUGAGUUGACUGUAAAUAUGAAGAAUCCCAAAUUUGCUAUACAGGAUCGCCGGGUGGCUGAUCGCGGGGGAAAGGUUUUAGCCAAGAAGGAUGACAGGAUCAAUUUUGCUAACAGCGUAUUGAAAAGUGGCAGCGGAAAGAGAUUUGAUGGCAACAAGGCAAGACAGGCUUCCCAACAGCAGGCACCUCUUUCCCAUUUUGAUGAAAGUCCAUCCCUUUUGAAUUGA